AUGAUACCCGUUGGACUAUUGGACGAAGCCGACAGCGACCAACUUUGCCCUGGAAACACGCCCCACGGAGGCAAGCUCAUUGACCUGCUGCUCAAGGAUGACGAGCUCGUCGCUUUGAAGGCCCGUGCCGUUAACAUCCCCUCACUGCUGCUGACACGUCGUCACCAGUGUGACAUUGAGCUAAUAAUCAAUGGUGGCUUUUCCCCACUAACUUCAUUCAUGGACGAACUGACCUAUAAUGGUGUUGUCGAGAGGAUGCGUCUUCCAUCAGGUCUUUUGUUCCCCAUGCCAAUCACAUUGGAUGUUGAUGAGCAAUUUGUAAACAAUAUAAAUGCAUCCACCAACAAGGAUGUAGCACUUAGAGAUGAGGAGGGUAACUUGAUUGCCGUACUGAAUGUAUCGUCCAUUUACAAGCCUGACAAACAAAAGGAGUGUCAGAUGACGAUGGGCUCCAUCGACCCCUAUCAUCCAGGUGUUGAUGGAAUUCUCAAGUCCAAGGAAUACUACAUCUCUGGCAAGCUGGAGGGAGCUCAGCUUCCUGUACACUAUGACUACAACUCUCUUAGAAGAACACCAAUGGAGGUCAGAAGACUCUUCCAUGCCAAUGGAUGGACUCAGGUCAUUGCAUUCCAAACAAGGAAUCCCAUGCACAGGGCACACAGAGAGUUGACCGUGAGAGCUGCAGAGUGCAACCCAGGCUGCAAAUUACUUAUACACCCAGUGGUUGGCAUGACAAAGCCUGGCGACAUUGACUAUCACACUCGUGUAAAGUGCUAUCAAUCAAUCAUGAGCUCCUAUCCAGAGGAUCUGGCUACUCUUUCACUACUGCCACUGGCCAUGAGAAUGGGUGGCCCUCGUGAGGUGCUCUGGCAUGCAAUCAUUCGCAAGAACUUUGGCGUAACCCACUUCAUUGUUGGUCGCGAUCACGCUGGUCCAGGUGAGGACAAGAAUGGAAAGUCAUUCUAUGAGCCCUACGAGGCACAGGAGAAUGCCCUGCGUCAUGAGGCCGAGCUGGGUGUCAAGAUCCUCCCCUUCCAGAUGAUGGUCUACGUAGCCGCUCACGAUAAAUACUAUCCAGUGGACAAAGUUCCCGAGGGCCUGGAGACGUCCAACAUCUCUGGCACUAAGCUACGUCAUCUCCUGCGCACAGGUGGGGAGAUCCCCAACUGGUUCACCUACGAGUCGGUGGUCAAGAUCCUUCGUGACUCAUGUCCACCGAGGUCAAAGCAGGGUUUCACCAUCUUCUUCACCGGUUUCUCUGGCAGUGGCAAGUCGACAAUCGCCAAUGCACUCAACGAGGCCCUUCUGGCAGCGACAUCACGCACCAUCACUCUUUUGGACGGCGAUAUCGUUCGCACGUUCCUCUCGAGUGAGUUGGGAUUCUCCAAGGAACACCGCGACCUUAACAUCAAGCGCAUUGGAUUCGUUGCCUCUGAGAUCAACAAGUCUGGCGGCAUUGCAAUUUGUGCUCCGAUUGCACCAUACGAAGGUGCCCGUGAGUUUGUUCGCAAUCUGAUCAACGCCAAUGGUGGCUUUGUCGAGGUGCACAUCAGCACACCAAUCGAGGUUUGCGAGAAGCGUGACCGCAAGGGUCUGUAUGCCAAAGUUCGUGCCGGCCAGCUCAAGGGCUUCACUGGCAUUGACGAUCCAUAUGAGGUACCAGCCAACCCUGAACUGCGCAUAGAUACAUCUCACACCACCGUCUCUCAGGCUGUUGAACAGAUCCUAUGCUAUUUGCGAAAGGAUGGCUAUGUCCAAUGA